CGCACUUUUUCGUCUUGCUUUCUCAUCCCGGGGGUCUCUGGCAAUCUGCCUCACCAUUUAUCAGCUACGCUACAGCUACAGCAUACACAGCUACACUGACUACUGUACGAAUCCAAGUCCAUCAACGAGUCGAACGAAAUACGAAAAGCCCCAAACAGACACACAAAUCCACCCAAUCAACCGACUCCACGCGAACAACACCCACCUCAUAAACACCACUACCAAGAUAAACCACCACCAAACCACUAAACAACAACAACAACCACAACCACCAAAAAUGUCCAGCAUAGACAUCUACAAUCCCCUCCCGCUCCACCUGGACCCAACCUCCAAAGCCAUCACCCUCACGCACACCCACCCCACCACAUCAACAUCCACCCUCCAAUCCGAACUCACCGCCCUCAACACCCUCCACCGCGCCCUCCUCGAAACCCCCAACCAGAUCCCCCCGCCCCCGCUCCCCAUCAACCCCAAGCGCAGCGCCCAGAUCACCAAACUCCGCGACAGCGCCAACGCCGCCUACCGCAAGAACCACUUCGCCGACGCCGCCCGGCUGUACGGGUACGCGAUCGACAUGGCGCUGGGCCGGCCCGGGUGGGAGCCCGUGACGCUGGCGCGCGACGAGCUGGCGGGGCUGUACGCGAACCGGGCGCAGGCGUGGAUGAGCCAGCGGCUGUGGGUCGAGGGGCUGGUGGAUGCGCGGUGCAGCGUCGAGAGCAAGGCGGUGGGCAAUGUGAAGGCGUGGUGGCGCGGGGGCAAGUGCUUGGUGGAGAUGGGACGGUGGGAGGAGGCAAGGCGGUUUGUGGAAAGGGGGCUCGAGAUUGAGGGGAGGGAGAGUGAGGGGGGCAGGGAGUUGGUGGGCUUGCUUGGCGAGGUGCGGGAGGGGGAGGCGAGGGGUCAGCGGGUUUGA